AUGGAGCCAAAGAUUGCCUACCUUGAGAAUGAGGCUCUUUCAGAGCUUCUUCCGUGGAGUGCUCUUGUCCUUUGCUCCUGCAUUCUCACCACAGUUUUGUUAUCCAACGUGUUGGAACGAUGGCUGCUCCCAAGACUGUAUCUGGUCCUCUGGAAGAGUCUAUCCACUGGCCAGAACGAAAGACGUCGCCGUUCCUUUACCUACGUUCACGUCGGCGUGACAAUCAUGUCCACACUUGUCGUCAUUGGCGCUUAUCCGGUUUUCGAUUUCCUUGUCGGUCAUGCUCGGCUCUCAUCCAUAUUGUUCAAGAACCUCACAUACGGUGACCAUAUGUUCGCCCUUUCUCAGAUCUACAGUGCCUACUACCUCUUCGAGCUCUGUUUCAGAACCAGAUUCGCUAGCGCCAUCAGUAUCGCCCAUCACAUUGGCCUCCUGGUUGUGAUACGGACAGCUGUGGCUCUCUUUGGAGAUCUGCGCAAGCACCCCGAAGCAAUCCUAGAGUUCUACAUGUGUAUGGUGUGGGGUGUUUUCGAUGUGGUCGUUGAGCUCCCUCUGUACUCUUUCUUAAUCGUCUGGCGAGUCAAGUCUAACGAGCAUCGCCUACUGUCCCGGAUGGCUUAUACUUGCUGCAUCUGGGUCUUACUGGGAGCGACUAUCGAGACAGCAAUCACCAUCUGGCUCCUCAACCGCUCGUGGCAUCGAUGGAGCCUGUCGUUCCGCAUUCUCCUGCCGCUGGUGUUCUCUCUCUGGAUUUCCAUCCAGCUGUAUGGUGCAUAUAGGACCCUCGGCAUGGCUACAUCCAAGGCACGGAUCGCGAAACAACUUCGCGAACUCAGUCCUAUUGGGCGUAAAUUGUAA